AUGCCCGCGGCGGCGUGCAGAAGAUCAACAUCUUCUUCUUCAUCAGCAGCAACAGCAGCAAAGAGGCCGAAGGUGAUGAUGUCGUGCAGGAAGCUGGGGAAGUACCUGAAGCAGCAGCAGGGGCGGCUCUACAUUAUCAGGAGAUGCGUCGUCAUGCUCAUCUGCUGGCGGGAUUGA